GUCACCAAGCAUAACUGCCAAGCAGAUUGGGCUGCCCGUAGGGUUGCUGUUCCUUAUCCUUCGCACGCGCCUUAACCAAUUUUUCACAUCCCACCGGAGAGUCUGAUUAUCAGCCAAAACUGGGAGAUCAUUAUGGCUCCAGGUGCUAAGCGCCGUGCAGUAUGAUCUAGGUCUUUGUGUUUUUACAAUAUAGUAUGCUGACCAGAUCUCCCAGCCAGUGCCGCCUCCUGAAUCGGACUCAGAAGCCAGUCCACCACAACGUCGCAGGGUGGCGCCCCCACAGAGCUCCCAGCGCAAUGGGGGCGAGAGCUCUGCACAGGGCGCUAGACGAGGUCGCCUGAGAAGUGUUUCUACGGAGCAGGACGGAAUCGAGGAUGAAGUUGCUAGCGAUGCGGAGGGAGCAACUCAAGGUUCGCUUUCUCCAACUGGAAAACUCUUUGUAGCUAACGAAUCAGAUUCGAACAGGGAACGUAUGGUCAAGAAACUAAUCCGAUACGCCAUCUCUGCUGAAUACACCCGUAUGCCGAUAAAGCGCACUGAGAUAUCGAGCAAGGGUUUGUUCAAUGACCUCCUGUGUGUCCCACCUCUAACAGUUCUCUAGUCCUCGGUGCACACGGGCGAAUGUUCAAAGAGGUCUUUGCCGACGCUCAGUUGGAACUAGAACGUGUAUUUGGGAUGAGGAUGGUAGAGCUUCCCAUUCGUGAGAAGACGAAGCUCAGUCAGAGGAGAGGUGAGCGAAACCCAUUGCCCAUGCUAGGUUACAUUGAAAGGCUGUCUAACACUGCUUGAAAAAUCUAGCUGCGCAAACCAGCGAAAAAGCCCCCUCAACUUCCAAAUCCUACGUCCUCACUACCACCCUCCCUGAGAAAUUCCGCGAGCCAGAGAUAAUCCAACCGUUUGGUGUUAAGGAACAAGCCUAUGUUGGUCUCGCCACUAUGAUCGUAUCUCUAAUCUACCUCAACGGUCGCUCCAUUGCAGAAACCAAGCUUGACCGCUAUCUCAGACGUAUGAAUGCAGAUAGAGACACUGCGGCCGGGGAAACCGAAAAGGCCCUUCAGUCGAUGAUCCGUCACGGUUAUAUCUCGAAGCAGAAAGACGACAAUGCCAAUGACGGCACAUUCGAUUACGUUCUUGGCCCUCGUGGGAAAAUUGAAAUUGGAACAGAUGGGGUCCUAUCUAUGAUCAAAACGGUUUGUCUACCCCUUCCUAUCACCUCAAGAACGCACUGAUAAGAGUAGGUCUAUGGCGUCAAUGUCCCCGAGGAUGUCGAGAAGCGAAUGAUGAGAAACGUUGGGUUCGAUCCGGAGACUAGCGCGUCCCAGGCCCCGGGCUCACACCGACGGAGGGAGAGGAGGAACAAUGGUACCCAGAGGCAAGAUGGGUCGGAAGAUGAGGAUUAACAUUGCUUCGCUGAUUGUAUAGUUGUGACCCUUAUGUUUAAGGAAAGGCGUUAGGGAGAAGAGGUCUUUUCUAUUUUCUAAUAAUUGUAGCUGUAUCAUUACCCGUAACUACUUCUCAUGAGCGAAGACGAGGGAAAAAGAAAUGAAAAAAAAAAAUAGUCG